GGCGUCACCUGGAAGUAGUCGCGCUGGGCGGGAUGACCGGAACAACAAGAUGGCGGAGAGUGAAGACUUUCGGCAGGAGUUGGUCCUGUAACACAGACCUCAGCCUAUUGACUGGUGAAACAACCGUGUUGCACAACACCAAAGCCAGCAUGAAUCUCCAGCAGCCAGCACCUCUCAUCCCCCCUGUCCACCCUGAUGUGCAGAUGAAGCCUCUGCCCUUCUAUGAUGUGCUGGACGUCCUAAUCAAGCCUUCAAGUCUAGGAGUGAGUCCUACACAGAGGUACCACCAAGAAAAAUAUUUUAUCUUUGCCCUGACACCACAGCAAGUUCGGGAAGUAUGCAUAUCCAGGGACUUCCUACCAGGUGGCAGAAGGGAUUAUAUGGUUCAAAUUCAACUGAGAUUUUGUUUGUCAGAGACAAGUUGCCCUCAAGAGGAUAACUACCCAAACAGUCUUUGCAUAAAGGUCAAUGGGAAACUUUUUCCUUUGCCAGGUUAUGCACCGCCACCAAAAAAUGGUGUGGAGCAGAAGAGACCAGGGCGACCUCUGAACAUAACCUCCCUUGUCCGACUUUCCUCUGCAGUACCCAAUCAGAUUUCAGUGACAUGGGCACCUGAAAUUGGAAAAACCUAUUCUAUGUCUGUGUACCUGGUGAGGCAACUGACAUCACCACUGCUCCUGCAGAGGCUGAGGAUGAAGGGCAUCAGAAACCCAGACCACUCCAGAGCACUAAUUAAAGAGAAGCUGACAGCAGAUCCAGACAGUGAGAUUGCCACCACAAGCCUUCGAGUCUCACUCAUGUGCCCGCUGGGUAAGAUGCGACUGACAGUGCCGUGCCGAGCAGUGACCUGCUCUCACCUGCAGUGUUUUGAUGCCGCCCUCUACCUGCAGAUGAAUGAAAAGAAACCCACCUGGAUCUGCCCUGUGUGUGACAAGAAGGCUGCAUAUGAGAGUCUCAUCAUUGAUGGUUUAUUCUUGGAGAUCCUGAAUGACUGCUCAGAUGUGGAUGAAAUCAAGUUCCAGGAGGACGGAACCUGGUGUCCCAUGAGACCAAAGAAAGAGGCAGUUAAAGUCCCCUCUCAGUCAGUUCAAAAAAUUGAGCCCACAGCUCCUUUACGACAGUCUUCAGUAGUCCCCCAUUCUACUGAGCCCAGCACCACCAAGAAGGCUGAUGUGAUUGAUCUGACUCUGGAAAGCUCCUCUUCUUCUGAUGAUGAAGAGGACACAGACCCUCCUCUGAAGAAACGCUGUGUUUACAUUUCCAAGAACGAGGAGAUGCACGCGAAGGGAGUGUUGACCUACCAGCCCACUGUGCGCAUGCCAAACGUCCAGGCCCUGGAUCCAUCCUUCCUAACCUCUACACUUGCUGACUAUGCAGUCCCCUUCCACCCAUCCACCCUGGCCACCAUCCCAACAGACAUGCAGAGUCUGGAUUUGUUUUCCUUAAUUCAAGCAGAUCCUCAGCAUUACAGGCCACAGAUGUUCCUGGACAACCUGACGAACAGCAUGCAAACUGCAGCUGCAGCCAGCACCAGCUCAGCCCUGGUCUCCUCCUCCAGCAGCCACUAUGACACCAGCACCCAUGCUGCCAGUUCCUUCCACGAGACGCGGGUCAUCACAGGAGGAGGGGGCGUUGGAGGAGGAACAGACAGCAGCAUAUCAGAUAUUAUUUCACUAGACUGAGCCACGUCUCACUGGACCUUUUCAGGCCCCUUUUCUGUGGCCUUUUUAGUGCGGACUACGUGUUCAUGCCAUGUCAAGUUUUACACCGAGGCACCCAAAUUGGUAUACAUGACCACUUUGAUGACCUAAACAUUUUCAUGAUGUUAAAAACUGUAUCCAGGCAUAUUUCUUUUUGCCAUUGGGUUUCUGAUUCUAAAUGGGGUUUGCGUCCUAUCUGCUACGGUAGGACGAUAAACGGUUUGAUGGCCAAGGACAACAUGUCGGUGAAUUAUCAUUUCUCUUCAAGUUCUCCUGACUUCAACAUUUGAGAAUCCUUCUCGUGCACUGUCAUACAUACCUUAUCACAUUAGAUCAAGAAGAAGGGAUUGAUUUAGCCUGGGUUUAGUCCAAUAUUCCCUGGUGGUUUAGCCUUGGUUUAGUCCAACAUUGCCCCAGUUUUUUGGGCCUUGGUUUAAUCCAGUAUUUCCUGGUGUUUUAUCCAUGGCUUGCUCUUCCACCUCCUUAGGAAAAUUUUGCAUCUCUAUGAUUUGCUAGAUGGGUGCCGUUGUGUACCAGCUAGGGAGCAUACACUUCACUGGAAUCAGUGGAACUAGUAAUCCCUUCACAUUAUUUGUUUCAGUGUUCAUAUAAAAUUACUGCUUGGGGAAGUUUAUUUCGGAGUUUCUACAUCUUAUAUUAUACAGUCUCAUGACCUGAACAGUCUGUCUUUUGGUCAUGUGUAAAAAUAUAUUAAUAUCCCAUCCACCCACAGCUCUGUAGAGGUUUUCCUGGGAGAAAGAUAAAUGUCUGUAAUACUUUUUCUCUCCCAGUUGCUUCAGUGCUGAAAAUAUUUAGGAACAUUGAACUCUUCAUUUAUACCAAUUUGGUUACUCGAACUUACAUGUCAAUCUGACUUCAGCCUGUUCUGGCCUGGUUGACCGGAACUGUGUGCCUGAUUAGAGUCAGCACGGAUGUGACAAGAGCUUGGACUCUGCUUUCAGCAAGAGCUUGUUUCACACAUCCAUGCAAGUAAAUGACAGAAGUAGGAAGGCCUUGGUGAAAAACAUUUGUGGACUGAUAAAGAUAGUGUUGACUGUUAACAUGGAAGGAAGGUCAGAAAUUCAGAUUUUUUCAUUGGUUCUACCAGCUGUCAGUCAGUACCCCAAUGAGGGCUGUAACAGGACAACUUUCAUGUCAUACCAACGUAAAAUGUUCCUUUGUAAUUUAGUCAGAGCAAUAAUAAUUUAACUAGUGUUAGGUUAAAUGAAGUUGUAAUUGUAGUUCAGAUACUCAGCAAACGAUUCCAGCUGGUUCAUACCACUCUGCCUCCCAAAUCCAAUCCUUUUCCUCUGUGUAUGGUCAAAUUAUUGGCUUAUAUAAGGUGCAAACAUGAUUCUGUUUUGUAAGAGAAAAACACUUAAAGGAAUAGUCAACUUGAGGCAAAUACGCUCAUUUGCUCUCUUUCAGAGAGUGAGAUGUCUACCUAAUGUCCGUGUAAGUACAAACCUUGAGACAUUAUGUUGUUAGCUUAGCAUGACUGGAAGUGGAUAGCCUGGCUCUGUUCAAAGUUCAAAAAUGCUCCUACCAACACCUCUGAGCUCACUAAUUAACAUGCUUUACCCUGUUUGUUUUCUCCUUAAACAAAAAUAUAUAGCCCCUUUCCCUUUCCCUCUGUUUUUCAAACCAAUGACAUUGAACGUAACACAGCAGUAAAAUAAAAACAAAAACACUGAGGCACACUCACCUGCUGCAGAGCCAUGCACACAGCUCUAAUCUACUGGCGAUGGGAAAGGAGUCUAUAGUCUAUAUUAAGCAGGUUUUGCCAUGUUUUUUUGGUUUUUUUUUUUUUUUUAAAGAUAUUUUUUGGGGCAUUUUAGCCUUUAAU